AUGUCUAAGCAAGUGUGUAGAAUAAUUACUCAUGUCGAUGGAAAUUUAAAAUUCGAUUCACAAUCUCAAAACUAUACGAUUAAAGGGGGUGGAUUAGAUGAUUAUUGUCCUCCCGUGGAAGGGAGUGAAAAAGUUAAAUGCAAUAGUGAUGACGAAAAAAUUAGCUCUUCUUUUAUAGUAUUGAUAAAUAUGCUUAUUGGCAAUAAUGAUAAGGAAAAUAUAGAGAGUGAUAAACUUGCCGAAUACGCUAUUUUAUGGUUAAGUUAUAUACUAAAUCAAAAAGAACAAAAUGGUAGCAUCAAAUUAAAUGAUUUUUAUACUAAGCACAUAAAAAAAAAUACGCAUUAUAAUGAGAAAAUAAAAAAUUGUAAAGGUAAUACGACCAAUAAGGAAUUUAUAGAUAAAAAAAAAUAUUUGAUGAAUAUGAAUAUUAAAGAUCUAUCGAAUUUUUAUAAAGUAUUUGAAAUUUUAUGUAAAAUGUAUAAUACGUGUAAUGAAACCACUAAAAUAUGCAACAAUUUCGUGGAAAAGGCUAAAGAGUUUGAUAAAAAAUAUAAAGAACUUAAUGAAGAUCCUAAGAAUAAAAGCGAUUCAUAUAAAAAUGUAUUGUAUAGUUUAUCAACUGAUUAUAAUAAUUUUAAAAAAUAUUGUGCUGAAAAUAACAGUGAUUGUAAAGAUAAUUCAUCCUUUCCAGAGAUAGAAAUACCAGAAGGUCCUUUCGAAAUUUUUGAAGAUACAUCAUCAAGUUCGUCGAUAGCAAGCAAAUUAAUUCCAUCCUUAUUGAUAUUUGCAAUACCGGUUUUCUUGGGAAUUGCUUAUAAGUAUUCGUUAUUUGGAUUUGAUAAACUAUUUCAAAGACAAUAUAUAAGAAUAAAAUUAAAAAAAAUACAGAAGAAAAUGAAACUUAAUAUAUGA